AUGAAUUCACACAGCGAAAACAGAGUGCCUCUAUGGAUCGAUAACGAGCCCGUCCACACAAACAUCGAGUUUCUAGUCACCAACAGCGCGACUGGAAAAUCCAUUUCUGCCUCGGCAGCUUUACCAGAACACGUGGAUCGCGUCGUCGAGAGCUCGUACAGAGCAUUCGCCCAAUGGAGUCGUACUACGAUAUGGCAGCGUCGAGGCCUGUUGCUCAAGGCAGCCAAGCUUCUCGAGGAGCGGAGGCGCGAGAUAGAAAGCAUACUCAAGGUGGAAAUCCCCAUCGAUGACUUUGUCAUCCAGCAGAUCAACAUUCAGAGCUCCAUCGACCUCCUCCAGGAAUUAGCCUUCCACGUGCAAGACUCCGAGACUGGAACUCUCCUCCCUAGCAAGCAGCCGAACUCUUAUGCCAUGGUCAUCAAAGAGCCGUUGGGUGUCCAGCUAGGCAUCGCUCCUUGGAAUGCAUCCCUCUAUCUCGGCAUCAGAGCGGUGGCAACCCCAAUCGCCUGUGGCAACACUGCCAUCCUCAAGGCUUCCGAGGUGACACCCCUGGUGCACAACUAUAUAGGGGUUCUGUUUCGAGACGCCGGCUUUCCUCCUGGUGUCCUCAACAUUGUACAGCAUAGGAGGGAAGAUGCACCAGGAGUUCUCGACGCUCUCAUCAGCGACAAGCGUGUAAGAAAGAUCAACUUUACAGGGAGUGCCGCCGUGGGCAAGAUCAUUGCCGCCAAAGCCGCAGAGAGCUGCAAGCCUGUGCUGUUGGAGCUGGGAGGGAAGUCGCCGCAGAUUGUCCUUGAAGAUGCAGAUCUGACCAAGGCUGCUGAGGCUGCAGCCACAGGAGCGUUCGCCCACCAUGGCCAGAUCUGCAUGUCUACCGAGAGGAUCAUCGUCCACGCUUCAGUCAUGGAGCAAUUCUCAGAGAAACUAGUCACAGCUGCACAAAAGAUACAAGUCCAGCCUGGGGCUUCUGCAGAGCACGUUGCGAAGGUAAAAGUACUUGUGGAAGACUCAAUCGAUAGAGGGGCGAAGUUCCUCUUUGGGAAGGGCAUCGAGACAGAAAACUCUCAUAUGAGUCCGCGGGUGCUCACCGAGGUCACGCAGGAUAUGCCCAUCUGGCGUCAGGAAACCUUUGCGCCUGUUGUGACUCUAGUGCCGUUCACGACGCUCGAAGAGGCUAUCGAUCUGGCGAAUGAUUCCGACUACGGAUUAUCGUCCAGUAUCUUUACUUCCAGCGUCAUUAGAGGCAUCGAGGUGGCUCGGCGUCUUGACACGGGGGCGGUUCACAUCAACUCCAUGACGGUCCACGACGAGGCACAUCUACCGCACGGUGGAACAAAGGAAAGCGGCUGGGGACGCUUUGGAGUCCCGUGGGGAAUCUCGGAGUUUACUCAGCUCAAGACUAUUACAGUGACGGAUGAAGAUUUAGGAAGCUGCUGUUAA